CUUAAUAUGUGGGUCAAACAAAUUAACGAAGUCCGUAUUGCUCUCUCGCCAUUCAACACAGCCUCAAAGUCUUCGAGAUUGUUUAUAAACCGCAUCAGCACCAACGAAUCCCGCAAGCUUAAUCCCACUAUCAAAAUCGUGACUGACGUUUUAGCUGAUCCCAAGGCCGAAUCUGUCAUCAAUGUUCUUUACCGCGAUGGAAAGACUUUAAAGGUUGAAUCCGACAAGUUGAAGAUUGACAAUUUGGUGCAGGUUGUUAGCAAACAUGCAAAGAAGUUGGAAGAAGCUGAACAAGCCAAGGCAUGGUAGAAGGUGUAUUAUCAUUAUCUAUAAAAAAGAUACAAGCAACCAAUUGAUUAGAGGAAUAGCAAGUUAUAUAUAUAUAUAUAUAUAUAAAAAAUAAGAAACUUGAAUUGU